AUGGUGGUAUCACAACCUUAUAGCUCUUUCAACCAAUCCAGAUUCUCCUUACACUUCUCGAGCAACGACGCAGUAGUGGUGUUCCUCUCAUCCAACGUCGCACUUAAGUCCUUCGCUUUCGUCGUCAUGUUCUCAGAGGUAUUCGCAAGCAAACUAUUCAUUGAUUUGUCCCGUUCCACAAAAGCCUGUAUCGUAGAAGAGAUCAUCUGUGAUGUAGUCGCUGGGUACAGUCCACGCAGCUCUCGGAUCCAGUGUGUUGAUGAAGGUGUCUCUGUCCCUCGCGGAUUGUUCCCACGAUCUGUUGGAGUUGUCAUGUCAGAUUAA